UUGGCAGAGAGAGUGCGGUGUAUCCGGUGCGGAGCGGAAGUGAACCGGAUCGCAGAGGGAAAGAUGGAGGCGCUGAAUAAACUGAAGCAGUUUGACGCUUAUCCCAAAACUCUGGAGGACUUCAGGAUCAAAACCUGCGGCGGAGCGACCGUUACGAUCAUCAGCGGACUGAUCAUGCUGAUCCUGUUUUUCUCAGAGUUACAGUAUUAUCUUACCAAGGAGGUCCACCCUGAACUGUUUGUGGACACUUCGAGAGGAGACAAGCUGAAGAUCAACAUUGAUGUUGUGUUUCCUCACAUGCCGUGUGCCUAUCUGAGUAUUGAUGCGAUGGACGUGGCGGGAGAGCAGCAGCUGGACGUGGAGCACAACCUGUUUAAACAGAGGCUGGAUAAAGACGGAAAACCCGUCAGUUCUGAGGCAGAAAAACACGAUCUGGGUCAGGAGGAGGGAGAGAUAUUCGACCCCAGUAAACUGGAUCCUGAGCGCUGCGAGAGCUGCUACGGAGCCGAGACUGAAGAUCUGAAAUGCUGUAAUACGUGUGACGACGUGCGAGAGGCGUAUCGGAGGCGAGGCUGGGCCUUUAAAACCCCCGACACCAUCGAGCAGUGCAAGAGAGAGGGCUUCAGCCAGAAGAUGCAGGAGCAGAAGAACGAAGGAUGCCAGGUCUACGGCUUCCUCGAAGUCAAUAAGGUGGCAGGUAAUUUCCACUUUGCCCCUGGAAAGAGUUUUCAGCAGUCUCAUGUUCACGUGCAUGCUGUGGAAAUUCACGACUUGCAGAGCUUUGGACUGGACAAUAUAAACAUGACCCAUCUGAUUAAACACCUCUCGUUUGGGAAAGACUAUCCCGGAAUCGUGAAUCCUCUGGACGGCACCAACGUUGCAGCUCCUCAAGCGUCUAUGAUGUAUCAGUACUUUGUGAAAAUUGUUCCGACGGUUUAUGUGAAAGGAGACGGUGAGGUGGUGAAAACGAACCAGUUCUCUGUAACCCGACAUGAGAAAGUGGCGAAUGGGCUGAUUGGAGAUCAGGGGCUGCCAGGCGUGUUCGUGCUGUACGAGUUAUCUCCUAUGAUGGUAAAAUUCACAGAGAAGCAGCGGUCAUUCACUCACUUUCUGACGGGAGUUUGUGCGAUUAUAGGUGGAGUUUUCACAGUUGCUGGAUUGAUCGAUUCGUUAAUAUAUCACUCUGCGAGGGCGAUACAGAAGAAGAUCGAGUUGGGAAAAGCUUCCUAGCGAAUCUUUAACCACCAUGAACACUUUACUCACUACAGUCUGCAGGAAACUGUAUCUGUUCAAGGGAAGAUGCCAAUGUGUGUGUGUGUGUGUGUGUGUUUGCAUAUUGUGUGUGUGAGAGUGUGUGAGAGUGUGUGAGAGUGUGUGAGAGUGUGUGAGAGUGUGUGAGAGUGUGUGAGUGUGAGAGUGUGUGUGUGUGUGUGUUUGGGGAGAGAUGUAUUUAUAUUUUGAUUGUUCUGGUUGUUUUUAAAUGGAUGAAUAAAUGAAACACUGUA